AUGGCAGAUUACGCAUCACAAACGGUGGCUCAAUUAAAAGAGAUUUUAAAGUCAAAGGGAUUAUCACUCGAUGGUAAGAAGGCAGAUUUAGUGCAACGUUUGCAGGAAGCUGAAGAAGCAACAGAAGUUCCAGCCGCUGCAUCUGCAAGCAAUGGUGCUGAAUCCGAAACUACUGGUGUUGAAGUACCUGCCGCAAUUUCUGCCCCUGAGCCCUCUGCUGCUGAAGUGGUUGCUGCAGCACCUGCAUCAACUGAGGGUGAUGCUGCUUCUGCUGCCGCUGAUGCUGCCGACUCUGAAGGUGCUGCCAAAGUUGAAGAAAAACCAAAACCUCUCACAGCUGACGAGAGAAAGCAAUUGGCAGUAGAAUUACUCGAGAAAAAGGUGCAAAGGGCCAUAAAGUUUGGUGAUGAACAAGCUGCUGAAGCUGCUAAGAAGGAUCUUGCUAGAGUGGAAAAGUUUGGUGUGGAGUUAGGUACUGCAUUGGCCAGAGAAAUUGGACUCGUUGACAAAUCUUUAGGUAAUGGAUUUAAAAAAUUUAACAAACAUAGAAAAAACUUCAAGCCAAAGAAUAAAAAUUUCAAGAAGAAGAACAAUCAAAAGCAAUAA